CCCCAAGUCGCUGUCCUGAUGUCCUCUUUCUGCUCCCCAUUUUCCUAUUUGUUUCCUAUUAUCCGGAACACUUCCGCUAUUGUCUCCACACACUUGACAUAGCCCGAUGCCAUGAUUCGGGAUCUCUCCUGAGCAUAGAACAUCUAUGCACUCUUUUUGUGUGGAAUAAUGAUUUAAUCAUGGUUCACUUUUUUCUGUACAACUGACUAGGGUGUUGAAAAGCAGUGCAGGUCAGCGCGUGCGAAGGCACGCACUCUAGUUCAGAAAUGGAGCGAGGAUUUCGUUAUGUAUGGAGUGGCCAGAGUGAACCCUUUUUUGGGCAAACUGAAUUAGUUUCCCCUCAACAAUAUUAUUCAAGUCAUCACCCGUCCUGAAGUCCAGAACCGACCCGAGGCGCGACAGUCCCGCCGCACAGCGUUCCUCGUUGCCAAAGUCGUCUCCUGUCAGUUCCCAUGGAACCCAAUCACCAAGCAAUCCCAACACACUCGGAGGACUCAAAGGAUGAGAUCAGCUUGGAGAACCGCAAAUAUUUCCAUAUCAAUGAUUUGCCUGUAGAACUCUUGCGGGAAAUAUUCGUUACCUUGAAAGCCGACUGGAAUGGGCACUAUUCUUCUGAUGGCUGCACCGUGGCUCAUGUGAUAACAAAGACUUGCCACUUCUGGCGCUUCGUGGCACUGAGCGAACCUCGACUAUGGGCAACAUCCAUCAUUAGAUCCGAAGGUGGGAGUGAAGAAGGGAGGUUGCAGCGGUUUUUAGAGUGCUUGAAGAGAUCCAAAGAUGUGCACCUGGAACUAAUGGUGAACUUCACGGGUGGCAAGAGAUGUCCCAGUCCGGAGUUUCGCAGACGUGUCAAGGAGAUCGCAACACCCCAUCUUAAUCGUUGCACCUCCUUGUACAUCAUCGAUUUCGACUUUUGCCUUCCAAACGACUGGAUCCCACUUCCCAACGAACUGAAAUCGCUGAGAGAUGCAGCGAUAGCUUUGGAUCCUGCGCUCCACUGGUCCCCACAGCCUCCUCACCAAACCCUGGAUUUGGGCUUACCAAAGCACUUUCGCUAUCUCAAACUUUAUGCCCCGAGUCGAUGCCUUCCAGUAUUCACUUUGAAUUCCGUGAUGGAACAUCUAUCGAUGUCGUUGAACGAAAAGGAUAUCACCAAUCUCCUACGCGAUGUUGAGCAUUUGAAGACUCUGGAAUUAGAGCCUAUGACUUCCCAAAACCUUGUCAUUUUACCUCAUUCAUUUCCCCAGCUUGAGAAUCUCAUCCUCCGUGGUGGGAGGGUUUCCUUUCCCAUCGUGGCCCCGCGUCUCAAACACCUAUAUUGCCCCUCUUCACUCGAUAACACAAUAAAGAAGGAUAUUCUGAAGGGCCUCAUCUCCUUAGAAGUUAGAGCAUCUAACCUGCCGCAGGAUUGCCUUGUUCACUGUCACGCGCUGGAAUGCCUAGGAGUUUACGUCACAGCGGUCGAGAGUAUUAGGAUGCUGGAAUCCCUACUUUCAACUGCGAGACCGCCAGGUCCAGAUCUCCUACAUCUCUCGGCAUAUCACUGCCCCAAUCUCCAGAGAAUAAUGUUCUCGAUCUAUCUAAGACCUGAUCCACAAGCAGUUGAAUGUAUUUCUAACCGCAUCAUUGAACUGCUUGCCCUCCGACCGCGUCUCUCAAUGGUUGAAAUCAGGAUCCGCACAGAAAUGCAGGACGCGUUGGAUCUAUCUCCCCUUACUAGGGAUCUUCCGGAAGCAUUCCCAGCCAGAGUGGUUGUUUGGGGCCCUGAUACAACAUUUCGCCGCUUCGGCCCGCCAAUCUUUUUAAACCACAUGAAUGGAUAUCCCCACACCCUUCUGGUUCAGCGUCGAGCGCGUGGUUUCAUCGUGCGCGAGAUGCCAACACCUUCACGAGUUACCACAUAACGCUUAAUGUUAAUGAUUGUAGACUGCUGAUCGCCUUCUUGUAACUGUGCUUAUACAUCAAGUUGAAAGAGGAAUUUCAUCCAAGUCAACAGCCAUUCCCAGCAGCAGAGGUUUCCAUCCCAGGGGUUCCCCUACAUUUCGGCUUGGACCGAGAAUCGCGCUUUUUCCUUCAAAUCGACUUUGCUGUUGAUAACCAUGUCGACGCACGGUUUGUUACGGAACUAGCACAGUGCAAUCGCUGAUAUCGGAAGAAGGUCAUUUUGAAGGGCCUCAGCUCUUUAGAGAUUGAGGACGCAGGACGGGUCUAUGACCCACAAAGGGGCAUUCGACCAGGGUUGCCUUAUUCAUUGCCAUAAGCGAAGGAGAGCAUCAAGUUGCUGGAAUUCCUGCUUAUUUCGCUGCGAGUCGGCCAGAUUUAGAUCUCCCACAUCUUUAAGUGUACCUUGUAUCCCGUAGAGCAUAACUCCCUAACUGCUUACUUAAACUGCUUUCCAUC